AUGCCAUCCUCUGCCUCGCCGUAUCCCUCGCCUUCAUCCGCAUUCUAUCCACCGCCGAUUCCCGCAAGCCACGAAUUCGCCAACAAGCUUGCAAACAACAAGCGCUAUCGGGGCGCUGCCGGCAAUGUUAAUCUCAUUACUGGCGGCGUAGGCGGUCUCAGCGGCUCCGCAAAUGGCCAGCCGAGUGCCUCUGGGACAGAGGCCUAUCUGAGCGCGACGAGUGCAACAAGUGGUCGAAGAGCAUCAGAUGCAUUUCUAGGCCAGUCAACUUCACCAGUGACGGCCCCGGGCUCUGUGAGCGCGCCCAAUAGUCGAAGGACAUCGAGAGACGCUGCCAAAAACCAAGAGCCCUCGUCGAGCCUCGCAAAACUAUCGAUAAAACCAACGUCGGAAGAGGUAGAAGAGACUUCGGCACCAGAAAAUCCACCGAUACAAGAGCAGGCUGGCCUCUCUAAUCCAGUAUCACAAACCCAAAAACACCUAAAUGUCGACCCACUGGAUGAUCUCCUCUCGCCCUCUCCCAAAUCCACCGCAUCUGACAGCACCCUCACUCCCUCGACAAAGCGAUUCUCCCUCACCUCUCUCACGUCAUCACGACCCGCACCCCCAUCUCCUGGACCCUCUCGAAGACCGAGUCUGCAGCGCAAGAACAGCUCGAAGCGACGAAGCGUGCAUUCGAAUGGAUCGCGAGAUACCCCUAUCAUGCCACUGUCGACUACACCGACGGAAAAGUCUAUGCUUGGGAGUGGUGUUACUCCCGGUGAUUAUGCGUCUCGUCGCCAGAGCUCGCUCAGCAUGUCCUUUACGGCCUUUGCGGCUGAAGGAGGGACAGAGGAACAGGAAGAGCCCACGACUCCCGCUCCUCCAACUACUAGUGCCAACUUGGAAGACGAUGUCGAGGAGUAUGUAUCCAUCAUUAUCGUGCGCGACUUUGCUUAUGCAGAGGACGACGAGCGAUUCUCCAAACGUCCCAUUGAGUCACUUCCCAUGAGCGAACGACCAGCCGUCGAAGCUGGACAAGCGCACGAUCGGGAAGAUGGAUGGGACGACGACGGGGAUGAUUGGGAUCACCGAUGGCACUACGCCGACGACGAUGGGUCGGGGAGUAUGACUCCCCUACGCGAUGGAUCGCAUGCCUACGAUGAGGAUUCCCAAGCUCAUGGCAAGGAAUAUGGGUAUGCUCAAGAGGAGAUUGACCCCGAUAUGCCUCUUCCACCUGGCAUCUAUCGCGCCGUGUACGCUUUCGAAGCCGAGGGGACGGCCGAGAUGAGUCUCCAAGAAGGAGAUCUCGUCAAAGUGAUUGGUCGUGGGGGUGGCGUUGGGUGGGCGGUCGUUGAACGAGGGUGGAAGGCGCCUCCCGGUGGUGUGAAUGGAACGUUUGGCGCUGGUGACGAUGGGAAGAGUGGUGGGUUGGAGGAUGGGAGCGGGAGUGGUGCGCUUGCGCUUGCGGGACAAGCGCUCGUUCCCGAGAGCUAUCUCGAGCCGUAUCAGCUCGAGUAA